GGUCCAGGGUCGCAGGAGGGUGUGUUCAGUCGGUCAGCACCGUAAAGGAGCGACUGCGAUCUAACGGGAAGAAAUAACCGGUCCUCUGAUUCUGAUAACGGCGGGGCUCUGUCGGCCUAGUCUCCGGUAGACGAGUUUCUCCGGUCCGGUGUGUUCGAACCGUGAGGAGCGAGAGAAGCGUCCGGUGCGCCCCGUGGCCGUGUUUACCGGAGUGAUGGAGGACGCGGCGGGGUGCGGGGUGUGCGGAGUGAAGGUGAUGUGUCGCUUCCGACCGCUGAACGACGCGGAACGGAGCCGAGGAGACAAAUAUAUCCCCAAAUUUAACGGAGAGGAGACGGUGGUGGUGUCGGGGAAGCCUUAUGUGUUCGACCGAGUUCUUCCUCCAAACACUGAGCAGGUUCAGGUCUACGACACCUGCGCCAGACAGAUUGUUAAAGAUGUGCUAGGAGGAUAUAACGGAACCAUCUUUGCUUACGGUCAGACGGCAUCAGGAAAGACUCACACCAUGGAGGGGAAUCUGCACGACCCACGUUUGAUGGGAAUCAUCCCUCGUAUCUCCAGAGAUAUCUUUGACCACAUCUACUCCAUGGACGAAAACCUGGAGUUUCACAUUAAGGUGUCUUAUUUCGAAAUAUAUCUGGAUAAAAUCAGAGACUUGCUGGAUGUGUCAAAGACAAACCUGUCAGUUCACGAGGACAAAAACAGGGUCCCCUUUGUGAAGGGCUGCACAGAGCGCUUUGUUUCUAGUCCUGACGAAGUGAUGGACGUCAUCGACGAGGGAAAAGCAAAUAGACAUGUCGCCGUCACCAACAUGAACGAGCACAGCUCUCGGAGUCACAGUAUUUUUCUGAUCAACAUCAAGCAGGAAAACAUGGAGACGGAGCUGAAACUGUCGGGGAAGCUUUACUUGGUCGAUCUUGCCGGCAGCGAGAAGGUUAGUAAAACUGGAGCAGAAGGUUCCGUGUUGGACGAAGCCAAGAACAUCAAUAAGUCUCUUUCUGCUCUGGGAAACGUGAUCUCUGCUCUGAGUGAAGGAACAAAAACCCACGUCCCGUACAGAGACAGUAAGAUGACUCGGAUCCUGCAGGACUCCCUGGGGGGAAACUGUCGAACCACCAUCAUCAUCUGCUGCUCUCCUUCUGUGUACAAUGAGGCUGAAACCAAGUCCACCCUCAUGUUUGGACAGAGAGCAAAAACCAUAAAGAACACUGUGUCUAUGAACCUGGAGCUGACUGCCGAGGAGUGGAAGAAGAAGUACGAGAAGGAGAAGGAAAAGAACCGGAGCCUGAAUAUCAUGAUACAGAAGCAAGAGAACGAGCUGAAACGCUGGAGGAAAGGGGAUUCUGUGCCUGUGGAGGAGCAGCUGAGCAGUAGAAACAAGAAGAGCAACAGCGAGGCAACAGCGGUGAUGGACAGCUUGGCCCCGCCCCCUCUCCCGCUGUCAGACGAACAGAAGACGCAGUACGAGACGCUUAUCAGCGACUUGUACCACCAGCUGGACGACAAGGAUGAUGAGAUCAACCAUCAGAGUCAGACUGCAGAGGAACUCAAACAGCAGCUUAUUGAUCAGGAUGAGAUGUUGGUGUUGAGCCGUCAGGAAUAUGAGCGUGUGCAGGAGGAACUGUCCCGGCUGCACAGGGAAAGUGACUCGUCCAAAGAGGAGGUGAAGGAGGUGUUGCAGGCGCUGGAGGAGCUUGCCGUCAACUACGACCAAAAGAGCCAAGAAGUGGAGAACAAGAACCGCUGCAAUGAUCAGCUGAACGAGGAGCUAGUACGCAAAACGGUUAGUCUGGAGGCGGUUCAGAGGGAACUGGCCACCCUGAAUGAGGUCAAUUCUCAUCAUAAGAAGAGGUCAGCAGAUAUUCUCUGUCUGCUACUGAGAGACCUCAGCGAUAUUGGCAGCGUCCUCGGAACCACUGACCUCAAAGCCAUGACGGAGACGAGUGGAGUGAUGGAGGAAGAGUUUACCACAGCUCGUCUCUACAUUAGUAAAAUGAAGUCUGAGGUCAAAUCUCUGGUGAGCCGCAGCAGACACCUGGAAGUCAACCUGACGGAGAACGUCUGCAAGAUGGAGGCUAAUGAAAAGGAGCUCAACAGCUGUCAACUCCUUGUUGCACAGCUCCGGGCGAAGAUUGCGUCUUUGACAGACGACCUGCAGAGGGUGGAGCAGAAGAAGAGGAAGCUGGAAGAGAGUCAGGACGGUCUGGUGGAGGAAGUCGCCAAACUCAACGCUCAAGGUCAAAUGCACGAGGUGACGGUGAUGGACAAAGAGAAAGAACAUAUGAGCAGACUGAAAGAUGCUGUUGAGAUGAAGAGAACUCUGGAGGAACAGAUGGAGAACCACAGAGAGGUUCAUCACAAACAGUUGAGUGCCCUACGUGACGAGAUCGAGCAGAAGCAUAGAAACGUUGACCAACUCAAAGAUGUGAAUCAGGCUUUGCAGCUGGAGAACCAGAAGCUUCGGUCUGAUUUUGACAAACUUAAAGCCGAGGAUCAGAACAAAGGCCAGAAACUUCAAAAACUCCUGUUCCUGAAUGAGAAGAGAGAACAAGCCAAAGAGGACCUGAAGGGUCUAGAGGAGACUGUGGCCAAAGAGCUGCAGACGCUGACCACCCUUCGUAAAGUCUUCAUCCAAGACCUCAGCACUCGAGUCAAGAACAGUUCGGAGAACGAUUGCGACGAGGCAGGCGGUAGUAUGGCUCAGAGACAAAGGAUUGUUUUCUUAGAAAAUAACCUGGAGCAGCUGAGCAAGGUCCACAAACAGCUUGUACAGGACAAUGCAGACCUUCGCUGCGAGCUACCUAAGCUCGAGAAGCGUCUGCGGGCCACAGCGGAACGAGUCAAAGCUUUGGAAGCUGCCCUGAGAGAAGCCAAGGAGUCGGCCGUGAGGGACCGUAAACGGUAUCAACAGGAAGUGGACCGGAUCAAAGAGGCUGUUCGCACCAAGAAUGUCUCCAGGAGAGUAAACUCUGCUCAGAUAGCCAAGCCAAUCAGAGCCGGACAUCAGCAUCAUCAGCACCCGUCGUCCUCUCCGUCCAUCCGACCCACCAUUCGAGGAGGGGGGGUGAGGUCUAAUCCACAUCACCAUUCCUCACACCAACCACCCCAACAACAACCCCAUCAGAGUCAAAUCAAGUGAGCUACAGGUGAGUCACAACCAUGGCAACCACAUUAAUCACCAAAAAGAAGCAAACCUGGCAUCUUCGCAUGUGGCACUAAAAGCAAUCAAACUAUUUGUAUGCUACAUCAAUCUGGGAAGUGGAAAAAAGGAACAUCCAGGAAUAUAGCCACAUAUACUAUUGAAAUUCAAAGAGCUUUUUAAUCACAGGAUAAUUUACAUGAUUGAUAGUGACCCGGGUGGUGGAACUAGAUUAGAGAGGAUUCCUGUUAUUAUUUCAUCAAUUUAAAUGCUGCCUGUUUUUAUAAAAUCUGUCCUUAAGAUUUGGCAGUCAUGCUUGUUGACAUUAGUUUAUAUGUGCAGCAUUUUCUGUUGAAGGAUCGGUGUCUGGAUCAACUUUGUUUACAUCAUGCUGUAUUAAUAAAAGUGUAUGAGUCCUGUCUUCAAAGGUGGCAGACAAGGGCCGAUGAGUUUCCUUUUCUGUGGGUCUUCUGAUCUCUCCUGCUCUCACCACUCUGCCUUUACUGGAACCGGGCUUCUUGUUUCUACAACUUCCCACCCGAACAGCCGUUCAACCUGUACAGAUGUUCCACCAAAACUGCCGUUUCACUGUAACAAUCAUUCCACCUUAACAGCCCCCUUACCUUAACAGCCAUUCCACCUUAACAGAUAUUGAAUGUUUAUUUCCAUGUCUUAAUCUUCUCAAAGUCAGUUUUGUUAAUUACGGUCGUUUCGUUGAAUAACAAGUUGAAGGAGUUAGAUAUUACAUUUGAUAUAUUGACUUAUAAUGAAAUAAUAUGCUGAAUUAAACUUAUACAUUUGAUUGAAUUUUCUGAAGCAGUGUUUUGAUAUUGUACCACGUGGGUGUUGGUAAAAGAACUUUACCUGGAGGAGAGCAGCUCUGAAAACCAAACUUCAAGUUGAAUCAAGUUAAAGCUUCUUCCACUUAGUGUCAAAGGUCACAGACUUGUGGCCAGCGGUUCGGACGCUAACCUGAGAAACUGCUUUUUCUUCAGGAGAUCGUUCCUGGUGGCAGACAGAAUUUCAUAGUAAAGACUAAAAUAUUAUAUGUUAAAUUAAAAAAAAACUUGUCUAUUACCAUUUUAUUUAAUUCGACAAAUAGUUGGAUAAGUCAAAUAAAAAGUUGGAUGAUAAUUACUUAUUAUGUAGAAAUGUUCAGGGUUUAUUCGGUUAACAGAUUUUGAUCCAUGUGUUGUGGAAAAUUUCGAGGAAAAUAACAAGAUUGGGGAAAUAAUGAUUAAAUGUCCCCUUUUUUACUUAAACUGAUACUCAUUAUAAGAUUAUGACUUAGCAUGUUGAUGAGAUGAAACAGCAAGUUUGAAACAACAAAAUUGUCUUUAAGGUGAUUGUGUUUCACCUAAAUCUGAGAAAAGAUCGAUGUGAUUAAUUAUCUUUGUAAAAAUCCUUUUCAGGGUAAAAUCGAACCGUUGUGCUUAUAACUUAUAUUUCCUCCACAGUAUUCAUGUGUCAAACAAAUGUGUCGAAUAUUUCAUGUAGAACUCCUUCUGUGCUUUACACAAGAAUGUAUGGAAUGUGCACCGUUCAUCAUUUGGAUAUUGUAUCCCAUCAGGAAAAUAAAUAGUUAGGAAUGAUAAAAUAAUGACACAUAUCACAAAUAACUCACCAGUGUUAAUUUCCAACAGAAAAUAUUAAGUUUAAAGUUGAACAUUAUUCAGUUAGGAUUUUUCCUUCCAAAAGCACAAUUUACCCUCAGCCCAAAUCAGAGACUGUAGGAUAAGCAGGGAGACAAACAGGGGGAAGCAAUUUAUUAAUAACAACCCUAAGAAAACCAAUGUAAAGCAGUGAAAUAUAUGGAUGGAUGAAUGCACAGGACUGCUUCCAAAAGAACAAAGCCAAAAGAUUCACCAAGGCAGAGGCCGAGAAAUGAAUAUAUUUUAAAAGGAAGAGCAGACAAACUGUAGCUCAUGCAUAUCUCAUAGUGCUGAUUAACUCCCAAUCAGCUGAUUACCCCCCAAAAGCUAAUCCCAAACAGUUUAUUAACCAAAUUAUGAUCUUUGAACAAAUAAAUCAAAGAAUAAAUACGUUUAUAUACGUAGAAAUUACUUAAUUAUUGAAUUACCGCCCCAUCCUUUGAUUUUUAAACUGUGUGAUUAUGUAAAUUAGGAUUUAUCAUUCCUAACUGUUUUUAUUGUCCUGGACUGAAUGUUAUAGCUGUUUUUUUUUUUUUAAUAAUAAUUGGUAUUCAUCACAGUAUUUUUUACAGAUUUCUUUAAUGAUUUAUUUUGUUGUUUGUUAUGAAAGUGUUUAGCUCAGAAAAUAGUAAACUUUCAACUCUAAAAUUGUGUUCACCUGCUACUGUGUUUUCCUAUAUGUGUUGUGGCUGAAAUGAUCUGAAUCAUGAGCAUUUAGUCUGAGAAGCACAGUCUUUAAGACCCACUGUUUUUUGAACCAGUGUUUUCCUGUCUGUGUGCGCUUUGUGUAUUAAUAAACUGUAGUGCAGUUAA